GGGCUUGCCACAAGCCAAAUAUGUGAGCUGGAGAUUUGGCCUAUUUCUCUCUUCCUCUUUCUCUUUCUCACUCUCUUUCUAUCUCUGUCUAUGCCAACUUCUAGGUUAGUAGAUCAAUUGGAGAAUUCCAAAACCGACUCUAAAUCAUUUGCAGGAGAAGAAGAACCAACCGAAGAAAUGAGGAAGCGACAAGUGGUUCUGAAAAGAGAUGAACCAUCUUCAAGAAACUCUACCACUUCAUCUCUCACCAUUAGGAGUGUGAGAUAUGGAGAGUGCCAGAAGAACCACGCGGCUAGCGUUGGAGGGUACGCUGUGGAUGGGUGCAGGGAAUUCAUGGCUAGUGGGGAAGAAGGGACAACCGGUGCACUCACUUGCGCCGCGUGUGGCUGUCACAGAAACUUCCACAGAAGGGAAGUGGAGUCUGAGGCAGUGAGUGAGUCUUCUUCACCUUCUUCACAUGGGAAGUAAUAAUAAGGAUAAAAGAAACCCUCUUUGUGUGUGUGUGUGUGUGUGUUUGUUAGUCUGUUUGUUUGGGUGGAAAAGGAUGUUCAUGUGAUGUCUAGACUCCUAUUUAAUUUGGGUUUUUUUGUUUCCCUCUUUAUAUUUGAUAUUGGAUAUUUUUGAAGUAAUUUUCAUGUUGGUGCACAUGAAUAAAGCUUUAUAUAUGUUAAUUAUGUAUAAGAAUGAAGUGGUGUCCGUGUUGUCUUUCUUUCUUUUUAUUUGGUCAGUAGGAGGUAGUUAAAAUUGCCUCUGAAAAAGGAGUCUUGAGAUCAGGAAAAUAUGGAUCUCAAAUUGUGAUUGUAAUUAAGUUUUUGCUAGUGGCCAGAAGCCAAACAGAAAGCAAAUAUGUGAUGUGAGUUGAAUUGUACAUAUCUUUUCCUUAAA